AUGUCUUUCUUCGAAAAAUUCGCAGGUUCUGUAGCAUCUUUUGCAAACGAUUCAGCAAAAAUUGUCGUAAAAGAAGUGGUAAAGCCGACGGUAUCAUUUGCAAACGAGUCUGCCAAAACUAUUGCACAAGAAGUGAUAAAUCCGACGGUAUCUUUUUUUGACAGCCAGAUCCAGCGGCCACGGCACGUCCUUGAACAACAACAAAUCCUAGACAGUCUCCAACGAUCCGAGGGCUCACAUUUCCCUGGCGACGACUACCGUCCGUACGAUCGAAAAAACUGGAUGGCCAAUCUGACGGUGGAGAAACUAACUAUGAACAAGAUCGUGUGGCCAGGAACGCACGAUUCAGCCACAAACGAAAUCGGAGUGCCUUUGAUCUCUCGUCCCUUAGCUGAAUGCCAAACCCUCUCCAUCUACGAGCAGCUUGUGCUAGGGGCACGUGUGCUCGAUAUUCGUGUACAAGAGAAUCGCCAAAUCUGCCACGGGAUUCUGACGUCAUACAACGUUGAUGUCGUCAUCGAGGACGUUAUCAGGUUCUUGUCGGAGACUCACUCGGAGAUCAUAAUCCUGGAGAUAAGAACGGAGUACGGACACAGAGACCCUCCGGAGUUCGAGGCUUACUUGGUUGGCAAAUUAGGUCCAUUCUUGGUACAACAAGACGAUAACUUGUUAAGCAAGACUGUAUUGGAGAUUUUGCCGCAAAGGGUUAUUUGCAUCUGGAAGCCGAGAGAGUCUCCGAAGCCAUGCCGUGGUGGACUUCUAUGGAACUCAGAUCAUCUAAAAGAUAACUGGACUAAUACGGAUCUUCCAUGGACGAAGUUUCAGAGCAAUUUGAAACACCUGAGCGAGCAGCAGCCCAUAUCUUCUAGAAGAUUCUUCUACCGUGUUGAGAAUACGGUUACGCCGCAAGCAGAUAAUCCGGUUGUGUGGGUUAAACCGGUGACUGACCGGAUCCGAAACCAUGCGAGGCUUUUUAUAUCUCAGUGUGUUUCCAAGGGAUGUGGAGAUAAGUUGCAGAUUUUGUCGACGGAUUUCAUAGAAGGUGAUUUUGUUGAUGCGUGCGUCGGACUCACUCACGCAAGAAUCCAAGGGAAAGUUUAA